GGGGCGCAUGGCGGGGCUCGGGCAGGCGGCCGAGCCGGCGGCCUCUCAGGAGCUGCUGGCCGCGGGGCGCCGUGGAGGUUUGGAAGAAACGUUACUGAUUAGUUCAAAGCCUGGCCGCAAGAAGGCUACGACUUUACAGACUGUAAGGGUGCCAAGGAGUAAUGUUUUGGACAGAGUACAGAGCUUUUUACCACAGAUGGCUCAUGCAAAUGAUGAGCUAAAAAGAAAAAUGGUAACAGCACCAGCUCAUCAGUUUGAUAUUGAAAAUCUCGACAGUGCCACUGAGAAAGUUAUAGAAAUGAACGUGGCUGUAGUUGAACUGAGUGAUUCUGAUACAGAUGAAGAGAACCUAACUUCAGAAGAUGACUCAGAAUCUGAAGAUGACUGUAUAACUGAUGAAGUGACAAUAGAUAACAUUAAGUUUCCUAAACCAAAGGGAGAAAAGGGCAAAAUAGAAAUUUUGGACAGCAAAGUGAAUGAGUGAAUCAAUUUUUAUUAUACUUUUUUAAAAAAAAAAAAAAAAAAAAAAAAGUAUUCAAGCAAACCAUGUUUUCUUACUUUGAAGACUUAGCCUUUAAAUGGCAUUGUUUCUCCAUGUGAGAUUCCUCAGGAUCCUGUGAAAUGCUAUUGUUUACUUGGUGGAGAAUUCAGGAUCCACUCAUGGCUCUGAAGCAAGCCACAUCUCUGAAGAAUUAAGUAAUGUCUUAUUCACCAAACAACAUGAAAAUUCCAAGCUUUCUUGUGAAGUUAGACUAAGAAAGCAGCUACAGGCUGGAAUGUUUGAGCAGAAAGGCAUACUGCAGAGCUAGUUGAGAAAAUUCUUGUUCUCGUUUUGUUGAAGAAAGAUUUUUGUAGUGUGCUUAGAAUAAAGCUUGACUUCGAGGGCAGGAAAGAAAUGACAAGGAAAAAUCUGUUCUUUAUUAUGUCCUGUAAAGUGUUAGUGUACAAUGUCUUCAAUAUUAAAUGUUACCUUAAAGUACACUAGAAGUUGUUUGUAUGUUGCCAUCAUCACAGUAACUGCUGAAUACCAAAGCAACAGCUGAGGCUGUUUCAAGAUGAGGUAGCAUAGGUAAGGAUAACAUUUUAAUAAGCCAUGACUUGAAAGAGUUUAACAAAGAAUUACUUAUGCUUCUGGGCUUGCGCUGAGUUACGGGUAGGUUGCUGCUAUUCCCUGAGCUAGCUCCUAUCUGCAGUGUUUGGGUAAAUACCUGUGGUACUCAGGUCAAGUCCACCUCUGUGGUGUUACAGGUGCACUAAGCCACGCUACUCAUCUACUGCUUUAUCACAUUUCUGCUCUCCAUUUUCUUAAUUGUCACUACCAGAAGAAUCAAAAAGUUUAUUUUCAGUUGGCCUCUCCUCGGGCUAGCUUGAAACAAUCGUGAAACCACAAUCAGUGAAAAUAUGUCUCAUUUGUACUUACCUCAGAUUGGUGAAAUACAAUGAUUUGGGCUGCUGUAUUUACUUUACAAAUUGUUUUGUGUUUCAAAAGUCUCUGUGAUGCUCCUGUGUAUCACACUUGUUUCUUGAAGUACUAUUUUCUAUUUGCUAUAUCAUUCAUAUUUUCUUUAUUGUAUUUGCUCGGAUAUUAAACUUAAAAAACAAUGAAUUGAAACCUGCAGUUACGUACACAACUUGUUUCAAAUCCAGUACUUAAUUCUGAAGUUUUCUUUUUAAGACCUGUUUCAGUAGUGUUUGUGAUAAGAAAUUACAAGGAUUCUUUUUUUUUUUUUUCCCUCUCAGUAUAGCUUCUUAAAAAUGGAAGAGGGGUACAAUUUAUUAAAAUCAGCUGAUUAAGUCCCAGAAUAUUUUAGGAAAGAGGAAGAAUAGGAGUCAGGAAGUGGAUCUGCUCUUUCUAAUGGCAGUCCAGAGAUCAGAUUAAGUUUUAGGUGGAGGUACAAUGUAAGAAGAGCAAGCAGCAUUAAGUACAGUCUGUUUGUUGGGUAAGGUCUUGAGCUGUAUGGAAAACUUCAAACUGAAGAAAAUUUGAAAACCAAAGUCUUAACUCAGUCAUUUUACAAGAGAUUUUUGCAUAGAUUUAAGAAGGAAAGACAUUUGAAGUACAAAGUAAUAGUCAUGCCAUAUAAAACUGAUAAGAGUCCGUUUGCACCAAGUGAUUUUAAUCUUUUAAUGUAGCCACUUUUCAGAUUGCAGGCUGAUCACAUGUUCCAUUUCAACAAGAAGAUAGAAAAUAUUUUCAGUAACUUUAACUUGGUAUGCAUAGUUAACAUGGAUGUUGAACUCUGUAUGUACUAUACAAAGAUCAUAGUAAGUGCACUUCCUUGCAUUGAUGUACUUCUUAUGGCACAAAGGUUUUCUGUACUGCUGACGACUCACCAGAGCAGAAUGUUAAGUUGCUACUGUAAAAUCUGAACCAGUUAAUAGCAAAAAUGAUAUAAUAUGCAUAUUUUAGUUCAAUUUUAGAAGAAACCUAAGAACUAAGUUUAAAACGUUCAUGUAAAUGUGAUCACACAAAUAAGAAGUAGGCAUGUGAGAAUUUUCUAUUCAGCUGUAUUUUUUAAAAAAUAAGCCAAACUACUUUUUUAUUUUUGGCUUGUGCUAAUCACUGCUACUGUUGCUGGAUCAUUUAUAUGGUGUCAGGCUAAUUCCUAAAUGCUUCUGUCUUUCUGUGAGACUAAAAUUUGGACCUGAUUUAAAGAAAUUUUCUAUGGAAUGAGUGUAUUUGUUUUUUAGUUGCAGCACUGCAGAUGGCAUAUCCCAGGCAUGGUAUUAAGUGGAGCCUUUAAGAUUAGAACUGCCAAAAGUUUACUUUCCAAGUGAGGCUGUUAAUAUUCCACAGUGACCGCCUUCGUUCUAAGAUAUUCAUGAAGAGCUUCUUCACCUGUACAAGCAAAUAUUAACCAGUUAGAAUAGUGGCUAAAGGAGAGAAAGCUGUCAGGAAAGGUAACUGUAUCAUUAAAAUAAAUUCGUAAUGUUUUAGCCAACAUUUGAGUCCUUGAGACACGAUGAGAAACUAAUGCAUUUACUCUCCCUUUAAGAUUUACAGGACUGGUUUAACAAGAAGAGGCCAAACCCAACAAGUAUGGAAAGAAAAUGCAGCUGAAUUUUAACAAGCUGCCACCUGAGGGGAGUACUGAAGCAGCAGCAAUCUCUAGGUGGCAACGUGUGUGGAGGAGCUUGGAGCUGAAUUUAAGAAUUGGUUUGCCUAUGUUAAGUUUCCAGGUUAAAAAAAAAUUACAUUACAAAAUUACAUUACAUAGGGAUUUUUCCCCUAUUAAUAAUGUUGAUGAGGGGGGAAAAAAAAAGGGGGCUAAUACUUGCUAGGGAUUCCAAGGGCAAAAAUUUGUUGUAUUACUCUUUGCCAUGAGGCGUGAUCUGUCCAGUCUUGUAAUAAAAUGAACAAUACUGGAGAUACUGAAGUGGGAUUUGUAAGGACAGGAGAAGAAUUAGAUCACUUAGCUGGAGGAAUGUGGGAGAUGCAGGAAAUACAUCUGUAGAUUUCAGGUAAUGCUAUUUUUUCAUUGACUUGGAUUGUCAGAUGAGAAAUGAGGGGAGAGAAGAACUUACCUAAAUCUUUUCCAAACCCAGACUGUUUAAAUCCACCAAAUGGUGCUGCCACAUCAGUUUUGUUGUACGUAUUGAUAAAAACUGUUCCAGCUUCCAGCUUUUCACUGAUAUAGAGAGCUUUGCUUAUGUCCUUUGUGAAAACUCCGGAGGCCAAACCAUAUUCUGUGGUGUUUGCCCGUUGCAGCACUCCGUCGAUAUCCCUGGAGGAGAAAACAUUGAUUUAAUUGCUAGGAGGUAAAACAAGUAUGUGCUAGCAAGCUUUGAUCCUCAGUUUGAUAGAAACAUCUUUUGCCAUGAUCCUUCUCUUAGCUGUUACAAAGACACAGUUUAGUAAGGACUACUCUCUGUGUCAGUCUGUCUCAGUUACGGAAAUUCAUACACUUGCUUCAAGCUUGUAAAGCAUGUGUUUGCAUUUCGGUGUUUAAGAUCUACACUAGGAAAUGUCAAAAGAAAGCUGCAUUAUGCACACUUAUCUUCACUCAACUGCACUGUACAUCUCAGGGAUCAGAAGAAUACAAAAUGACUUGUAAAGCAGAACUUGGCAGCACGUCUUGAGUCAGUUUGCUAAAGUCUGUCAGUUAAUGGAGUAAAUGCUGGACCUUAGCUGUCCAUUUCAAGCAGUCUUUUCAAGCAAUGUUCAAAUUGCUAUUUCUAUCCAAUCUCAAUUAAUUUUAAAAAUCCAUAUGUUAAAGCUUCAAAAACUUAUUACAAUCCUGUAUUUCCACACAUAAUUUGUAGACGUAAAACUUCACUUUCAUGCUGCAGAAAAAAGAAACCUGGUGGAAACAGCUGUAUGAAAUUUCUACAUAAGGCUGUUGUUAUAUUAUCUGUUUGUAAAAUAAUUCCUAUGAUGUAAAAUGAAAGCUACUAAAACUGGCACUCCACAAAAUAUACAGGGGCAUUUUCAUUUACAGGAGCAAUGUGCCAGCCUUAGACAAUGCACAAACACUAUGAGGUCCUUUUUGUCCACUGGAAAAAAAUGCACCUUUAGCAAUUUGAUCCAACCUCUGCGUUUGUAUCAAUUUGAGUAAAAAUCUUUCAUUGAAAAUUGAGUCUUAUUUAAGAAAUGGUGCUUGGUGCUCCCUCCUACUUCCUUGCACACUUGUAACAGCAUUUAUUCUGUACUGACAUGGAGGACACUCAUACUAGAAAACCUCUGAAUUUAGCAGAAAGAGAACCUGAGUUUCAGCUAGAUCUUAGAAGAUUAAAAGAACCAUUCAAUGUAUUUCAACACACGGUGAAAAUAAGAAGAAUGUACCCAUUUUUAAAUUUGGAAAUGACCAUCACUGGACCAAAGGAUUCUUCCUGGGCAAUGUACAUAUGGUCUUCAACAUCUGUGAAUACAGUGGGUUCCAUGAAGAAACCUAAAUAGAGGAUAAAACAGCGUCUAAGUGAAGACAAAAUGCUUUGUUGUUUGUAUUGUCCAGGCUAUCUGUACUUAAUGUCACAGAUACAUUGAGGCUUGAAACAGAAAAUACCAAGAUUAAUAAGAAUAAAUAGUGAAUGGUGAUGCAUAUGUAUAACAGCAGAAAGAAGGCUAAAAGAAUGGCCUUUCUUGAUGAGAGCAGUUAACAUGUGGGUCAUGUCCAGAGAAGGCCUGCAUGCACAAGGCUAGGCUGCUCCUCAGGGACAGAUCCUGCAUUCUGGUAGCAGGAAGGCAGUGUUACAGAAUGUCAGAGAGACCACUGCUUCUCUUGUUACCUGACAAGAAGAUAGCCAUACAUAUCUGUAUCUUCCAAAAACAAGAAAAAAAUAUGCAAUGGGCAGCAACUUUGCCUACGGUUUAUUGAGGUUUAACUGAAACAAAAGCUCACCUCACAACUACUGUUCCUUUCUAAGCAGUAUAAAAAAAACAACUAUAAACUAGUUCACGUUGUUGUCAAUCAAGAACUGUUACAGUGUUAGAUAUAAGUGAUUUUGGGUAUCUCCAUCUGCAAGAGUGAGUACAUUUCAUUGAGAGUGGAUAAAGCCAGCUUCCAGUGUUCUGUAUAAUCACCUUUUCCUUCCUAUUUUGUUACACUGACUUGUUACAGCUACAAAUCUGCAUUUUCAUUUUCUUUGUGGAUGCAGUCAUAUUUUUAAAAUUCUCAUGCAAAUGUUUCUUCUCCAUUACCAAUAAAGGACUGAUCAUCAUGACAAAA